AUUCACCCAAUAAGAUAGGACCACGUGUUCUCUCCCUUGAUCUAUACGACUCGUCUCCCUCUAUUAAAUCCUCACCUCGUCUUCAUUCCCAUUGUCGUCUCUUUCCUCAACCAUCCUCUCUGAGCAUAUAAAAACCUUCAUGGCAUUUGCGCACUUCUGCAGCAUCGAAUGUUUCCUUAACAACGGGAAACAACUAGAGCUUCUUCAACUCGUUAUUGGUUUGCCUAUCGCCACUAUUCUCCAGAUCCGCUGUCGUUUUAGUCAGUUUUCUCCGCAUUAACCCCCUUCGGUACACGACAUCUCACCAGUGAAGUGGUGAAACUGGUGGAAGCUUUCUCUGUGAUUCUGUAUCGGUUGUAAACUAUGGUCUCCUCUCACCUUCCUGUCCCAAACAAAACCCACAAGCAGCAGUAUUUGUCCCUCAGCCCUUCGGUUUCUUUAUUGAAAGAUGACGUUGAGCUUGAUUUCUCUGAUGUGUUUGGCCCUCUCCCUGAAGAGGCUGGAGAUGUUGUCUCCGACGAGCCUGCUGUUAUCCACACUCGGUCCCACUCUUUGGUUGGACCUUCUUCGAUCGGGAGCCAUUCUUUCAAGCUCAGCAAGCUCACCAUACUAGAGACUGAUGACUCUGUUGACUUGGUGGAGUGUGUUGAAGCUGAAUCGUUGAAAUAUGAAUUCUCUGGUACUGACGAGACUGACAGUGAUGUAUCUGCGGAGAAAGAUUUGGUGGUGAAGGUCCCUGGUGUGGUUGGACUUGAUGAUUUUGAGGUUAUGAAGGUUGUAGGGAAAGGUGCGUUUGGGAAAGUGUAUCAGGUGAGGAAGAAGGAGACAUCUGAGAUAUUUGCAAUGAAGGUCAUGAGGAAAGAUAAGAUUAUGGAGAAGAACCAUGCUGAGUACAUGAAAGCUGAGCGAGAUAUUUUAACCAAGAUUGAUCAUCCCUUCAUUGUUCAACUUAAAUACUCUUUUCAGACUAAGUACAGGCUCUACCUUGUGCUAGACUUUAUAAACGGAGGUCAUCUCUUCUUCCAGCUCUAUCAUCAAAGGCUCUUUAGAGAGGACUUGGCUCGUGUGUACACUGCAGAGAUCAUCUCUGCAGUUUCUCAUCUCCACGAGAAGGGGAUAAUGCAUAGGGAUCUCAAACCUGAAAACAUUCUCAUGGACGUAGAUGGCCACGUGAUGCUAACUGAUUUUGGUUUAGCAAAGGAGUUUGAAGAGAACACAAGAUCGAACUCCAUGUGCGGGACUACUGAGUAUAUGGCACCUGAAAUCGUUAGAGGAAAAGGUCAUGAUAAGGCUGCUGAUUGGUGGAGCGUUGGGAUUCUUCUCUAUGAGAUGCUCACAGGAAAGCCACCGUUUAUGGGGAGCAGAGGGAAGAUAGAGCAGAAAAUUGUGAAGGACAAGAUCAAGCUUCCGCAGUUUCUGUCUAGUGAGGCUCAUUCCUUGCUGAAAGGGCUGCUACAAAAAGAGCCAGAGAGGAGACUUGGAAGUGGACCAAGCGGAGCAGGGGAGAUAAAAGAGCACAAAUGGUUCAAGGGAAUGAACUGGAAGAAGCUGGAGGCAAGAGAGGUGAAGCCUAGUUUUAAGCCGGAGAUAUCGGGAAGACAGUGCAUAGCGAAUUUUGACAAGUGCUGGACUGAAAUGUCUGUGUUGGACUCACCAGCAAACAGUCCAAGCUCGGAUCCUAAGGCCAACCCUUUUACCAACUUCACAUACGUGAGACCUCCUCCAUCAUUCCUUCAGCAUAUGUGAGAACCUAAUGUCUCUUUUAUAUAUUAAAACUUGUUUUAAGAAAUGAGCUGCUUGAUCCAUAUUUAAGAAAAUUGUACGUCUCUCCAAAUACUUUUUCUAAACAAAAUUGUUAAACUUUCUAGCAUAAUGUUUGAUAUGGUUUUCAAAAAUCAUUGAAUAA